ACACUUUAGUGUUGCUUGAAGAGUCGAACCGAAGAGAGAGAGUUCGGAGAGCUGGAGUUGUGCGCGCGCGUAUACGGUUUUUCCUCUGAAUACACAUAUUUUAAAUGUUUUUUUCCUCCCUCGCGCCUACCCGUGGCAGUCAUCAUCAGGCGUCGUGCGUUUGUUCCCGUUCGAACGCAACUGUGUGUGGUGUGUUGUGUCGCCCGUCCCUUUCUGGUAGUAGAAGGAAACCAAUCUGCUCGCUCUCGUUUCCUCCGGUUUUCAUCCGCACAUACCUCUUUACGCUGUGUGUGGAACCGAUUUCGUCAUUUUCUAUGCCUUACUACACAUUGUUGAUGUCGGAUUUUGAGGCCUAAUUGGACUCAUUUUCGGGGUUAGCGAGAUUGUUUCUAUUCAUUUUUGGCACAGUAUAUUCGUCCGUGACCCUCCCAAUAAGUGAAGCUCGUUUGUUUUCACCCGCUUGGGGAGGUUGGGAAAGUUCUUCUGCAGCCCACAGUCCGUAUGUUUUGGGUGCGAUAAUAACUCAGCCGAUACUGCAUUGCAUACUCAGCCUACUGUGUGUAUAUUGACACAAUAUGUUAACGGCACAUACCAGAUUAUGAUUGCGAAAAGUGUACAGUGAUGUUAUCUGGGUGGGUAGCAUAGAAUCCAUGAUCGGCUGACGAUCGAAGGCGUUGUGGAGCUGAGAAGACACAACAGCACAAAAUUCGGGGUGUGAGUGCGUGCGUUUUGUGCCUCCAUAAAGCAUAGAUCAUAAAGCGAGUGUGUUUGUGGUUAGAAGAAAGAGAAGAAGAAAAAAAUAGAGAAUGCAUAGAGCUAGUCGUAGGGGAGAGGAAAGAAAGAUUAUUGUAUGCUAGAUGGAUCAAGUUUAUAGAAUGCGAUCAUAGCGAACGUUGGAACGUUUGUGUCAGAGACAUUUUCCAUUGAGUGGUCUCACAGUGUUACUUUCGAUCCCUUGCUAAGAGGCUGGGAGAAUUAUUUGAGAGUUAAUUAGUGAUAUCUCCAGUCAAUUGCGUUGCACUCAGUGACUGAAUCAUCCGGAGGGAAAUACAAACGAGGGAGUCAUCGUUUCCAGCGAAGGUGAAUUGCUUUGAUGAUCUGAUUGCCAAUAAAUGCCAAGCGCUGGGAUAUAAUUGGUACCGUAAGCAAUGCAGGUGGAAUCGCUGAACAGCGCUGUAGCGAAUUAUCGUCCAUCGAAUUUCAAUCGCGUACUUGAACUUGCCGACGAUGGCGUUCGAGCAAAUAGCUUGAGCUAGCGAAGAACACCACACACAUAAGUGCGAAUCGCUUCCAAGAGUAAACAUUGAAGCUAAACGCGAUCUGUCAAAGGAUUUCAAGAUUGUUGUGGAAUGACGUCAGGCUCAUGACUUUUUGUUUCUCUUACUGCUAAAGUCACAGUCUUGGUUAUCCAUCGACAUAGGAGGCAACUAUACGUGCUUUGAAUGUGUUGCCAGCAGCUAAGCCAGAAUCGUGAAUUAUGAGGGAAAAUCAAAUGCUGAUAAGCAACGUCGAUGAGUUCAAAAAAUGUUUGCAAUAUGUUACCGCAGUGCGAUUCGAACGAAAAUAACAAUGUGAUAGAUGCGGAUGUUGCAAAUACUAAGGCCACUACCACCAACACCAGUAGUAUUGUUAGUCCCACAACGACGACGACGGCGACGCCGACUGCGACCAGCACCAUUACUAGCCACGAUCAUACGGCAACGAUGUGCAAAACACAAUCGAUGACUACGUCCGACAGCGGCCUGCAGAUAAUGAUGGCAUCUGCUGGUAAUGUAAAUUCCACCAACACAACCGACAACAGCAGCGAGAUGGAUAUGAUCAAUAGCAAGGAUCCGUACGCCGAGCUGGAGAGAUACCUGGAAAAGGUCAAGGCUGAAAUCUCGGAGGUAUUUGCGCAGCUGGAGUCAAAACGCGACGAGAAUGGACCCGAACCAUCCUCCUCCGAGAGAGUGCACCCGCGGUUGGCAAUGGGUCCAAAGCAAUGCGUCAAUGUGACGAGAAGCGAGAACCGUGACAGAAAUCACAACACCGAAGCCAGUAUUUGCCAAAAUGUCGCUUGCGCUAGCGAUUCCGUGAACAACACCAAUCUCGAAGCAACGGAACGGCUGCUGCGGGAGAUUGUUGCUUCGCUCCCAACGCAGCAACAGUUUGUCUCAUCUCAACAUCAUCAUCACAGCUCGAGGGAACGUAACAAUGGUGCUUUUGAGUCAGCUCGAUACUAUGUUGAUCCCACGUUCGUCAUUAGCAGCGAUCAUCAUCGUCAUCAUUAUAUUCCACAGCAUCAUGAGCUGCAGCAGCAAUUGGUGUUGAAAAUCGACGAGGAUGACGAACACGAUAAAUCGGAACAACGUUCUCAUCGUUUCAAUAAUUCAGCUGGCCGUUCUUUAGCCGCUGGUGCUACCGACAAUAGUCAAUCGUCGGAUUACGAUAACAACACCGGCAGCAGUAGCCGUGAACUGCAUGACAGUUUUUCUGAUGACAUGAGUCUGCUGGAGGAACUUAGUGUGUAUGAUAGCCACGAGCAGGAGGAAGACUGCUCGGACAGCAAAGAGGCGGAAACGUCACCGAAGCUGUUCCAAAGAAAUCAGCAAUCGCCUGCCUUACGGCCGCAGCAGUUGGUCCAGGACAAGCUGAAAACCAGUACAAAUAGUCUACCUUCCACUAACCGCAACUUUAGCCUACACUAUAAAUUUAGAAAUCACCAGAACGUAAUCGAUGCCAAAAGACGACAGUUUUUUCUGCCCCUGGAACAGGAACCAUUUCAGUCAGUCAAGUCCAACAUCACUGAUUUACCGUCACCGAGCAGCACUUCUCUGCACAGCGGCUACAGUCAUCUGAUAGUGGAGGAUCUGGGCGCCAAGUCAAGCUCAGCUCCACUACUGAUGAAGAGCGAGGAGAUCGAACUAGGUGAACGGAGGAAUUUAAGAUACUCGCGAUCGCAAAGUGAUCGGCAUCUCGCAGAGAUCGAAGCUGUGGAGGCAUGUCGAUGGCUCCGAGCUGCCGGAUUUCCGCAAUAUGCCCAAAUGUACGAGGACCAUCAGUUCCCGAUAGAAAUAAAUGAUGUCGCCAAGGACCACCCUUUCUUGGAGAACGAUCCCUUGCAAUCGCUUUAUCGUCGAUUGCACACAUUGAAUCGUUGUGCAAACAUGCACAUCGAUACUCACCAGCAUACACAUCCGCCAAAACCAAGUGAAGACUCCGAUGAGGACAGUUGUGCUCUCUCUGAGGCAUGGACAUUCGCACAUAAUAGCCGAAGGUGGUCCCGGGUCGAAGAUGCUGCCGGGUUGGUUAGUGUAAUCAAGCAAAAACAUUCCGCCAAUAAGAGCGAUGUGAGCACACUGAACGAGACAGAUUCUGCGGAGGAUUCAUCUAAGAGUGGCUCUAAGACCACGGCGGAUGAAAAGGAAAGUUGGUGUGAUGAUGGUGUGACACUCAGUAUUCUUUCCGACAGUGAUCAACAGGAUGGCCCAGUGCGACUGCGAAGAACUGGAAGUGAGCGUCUCAAAGAUGGUGCGAAAGCUUUUCUAAGACGCGUGGAGUCGAUAAAAUCACGCCGGAGGAAGCGUCAGAAUCGGGACGGAUUGAUUAUUUGUGGACCACAUUCGUCUGGUUUAUCGCCGGUACAUCACGCGGUCGACGAAUUGAAGCACAUUGAUGUGCUAUCAUUCUCAAAUCCAUCUUCUCCUCGACCCUCGUCAGCUUUCGGUGAUCAUCGGAGAGAAAAUGUGCUUGGAACAAACGAGAUUGUAUCAAACCUAUUGUCUCCCUACACGCUUAGUCCUUUUGGGCAUAUGGCAGAAGAUAAAAAGGAGCACAAACGAAGCACUAAUCGUUCUAGUCCGUUGCACUUUUUCAUUCAACUGCAAGAAGCAAAAUCAGGCGAUGAUUCGUCUUCCAUUUGUAGCGAAGAUAGCCAGGACCUCAACACCGGUUAUUUCGCCGGAAGAAUUGUGAAAACGCCCAGUAAAAAGUAUCCCAAGGCUAAGAAGUUGCUGCGCAACAAAGUCAAAGCUGAUGACUCGGGGGCACUUUCGGAUUCGGAGUAUCAGGCGAAAUUGAGACGAGCGAAAGUCACCAGUGAUUUGAAGGAAACAAAUAGCAAUAAUUUGCAGGUGUCGAAGCUGAAUCGGGGAGGUUCAUUAAAUCUGGGGAAGAGCUCGAAACGCUAUCGGGAUGCAUUCCACAAUCGUUCAAUGAGGGUAGCGAAAACAAACGACGAAAAGGGAGAAGAUCGCAAACGUACGACCGUGGCAAGAUGGCACAGCUUCCAGCAGCCGAAAAAUUCAGAAGAUCGCAGAUUGAGCACCAUUGAUUUCAAAGGUGAUAAUCUGAAAGACAAGGGGAAGUAUUCUGGUGGUACAAGCAUUUACGAGAUGUCAUGUGGUCAGCUGAUGGUGGUGCGGAAAUUUGCGUUGGUGACGCUUACAGGCUAUAUGGAGCGCUACUGUCCAACCCAUCGGUCCGGUUGGAACUGGGAUCUGCCAAAAUUUAUUAAACGCAUAAAGACACCCGAUUACAAAGAUAGACGAAUCUUUGGAAUUCCACUAGUCCUGAACCUGCAAAGAUAUGGUAGUACUUUGCCAGAGAUUAUACAAAUGGCUUUGACCUGGUUGGAGCUGAACGCACUGGAUCAAGUUGGGUUGUUCCGGAAGCCGGGUGUGAAAUCACGGAUAGCGAAACUGAAGUCCACGAUCGAAUCAAGCAAUAAUGUUUCCAAUCGCAUGAAGGUGUUCGACGAGCAUCACGCGUACGAUGUCGCCGACAUGUUGAAGCAAUACUUUAGAGAGUUACCAGACCCGUUACUGACUGCGAAGCUUUCCGAAACGUUUGUUGCAAUAUUUCAAUAUCUUCCAGAAGAGGUACGUGCAGAAGCUGUACAAUCUGCCAUCCUUCUUCUGCCAGAUGAGCAUCGAGAGGUUUUGUAUGCGUUGCUCAACUUUCUGGAUAAGGUUGUGGCCACCGCGAGUAUCAAUCAGAUGACAUCAAACAACUUGGCUGUGUGUUUGUCGCCUUCGCUGUUUUAUUCAAUGUCCGGCAGUAGAUCAUCAACGGCAUCGCCCCGACGAAAGAAGGGAGCCACCGGUCAGCCGGACGAGAAGGAGCUGUCCGAAGCGCGUGCUUCCCAUGACUGUCUGGCGUACCUCAUUCAGCAUUACCGCAGCUUGUGGACCAUCUCGAGCGAUCGUAUGCGAAAAUGCAGCUUUAACUACAUGGAGGAAUCCAAACCGGUACCGCUGGAGUCUCUUGGGGCGGAACUGCACGUACAAAAUUGGCGCGGUUAUCUGACUGAGUGCAUUAAAGAGUGUGUGCGAGAGGGGAAAGAAAGACCACGCGGCUGGGUGUCGUUGAGUUCUGCCGAUCCCAAUGUGAAUGUGUUCUUCAAAAAGGUAGGCGAUGGACACCCGUUGCGUCUAUGGAAGACUGUUACCGAAGUGGAGGCCCCUCCGACCGAGGUUAUCAACCAUAUCUUGAACGAGCGACAUCUGUGGGAUGAUCAUUUAGUCAAGUCGAGAAUCGUUGAACGGUUAGAUAGUGACACUGAUGUCUUCCAGUACGUUUGUGGCCAGCCAAUCACGGAUUAUUGUGUCCUGAGGCAAUGGAACAAACAGCAAACACGGGGCGCUUGCGUUAUCGUUGAGGUUUCUAUUACACAUAACGGUGCUCAGUUACUACUGGACGGAGUGCGUGGGGUGGUGCUAGCUUCUCGGUAUUUGAUUGAGCCAUGCGGCAGUGGCAAAUGCAAAUUGAUGCAUCUGUCCCGUGUGGAUAUGAAGGGCCGCACUCCGGAUUGGUACAACAAAAACUAUGGUCACAUUUGUCAGCAAUAUCUUUCGAGAAUCAAAAAGUUUUUCGAGCAUUACACCGAGGGACCUGAGAGCAAAGUAUAGAGAACACAUAGAACACUAAAUUUACAUUAUUGAAGACAGAAAGAACAAAACAAAAGAAAUAAGAGCAACAUAUGAAAAUACACCACAUAAUCAAAACUGCAGCAAGAACACGCGUAUCGAACACAGUUUCCAAACAUUCCAAAUUUUUAUUACCAAGUGCCUACACCAUGAUAUUUUCUUAGGUUUUUUUUAGAAGAGAGGAGAGAAACCAGUAUCGUGUAAGGAAAAAAAAGAUAUAACACAAAACUUAAACUAGUCCAAACAAAUCAACUUAACCAAUUUCACAGAUCAUAUUACAUGAAUCACGUUUUUUUUUAUUUUAUAGUUAUUAUUGUUAAAGUUUAUAGUGUAGGGAGAGAAGAAACAAUACAAAAGUAACAACAACAUCAAAACAAACACAGAGCAAAUAGAUGAAAAAACGUAAGCAAAUAAUCUCAGUACCGUUUUUCUUAUGGGACCAACGUCAAUAAAUAAUCUCCAAGCGGUUUCCAUUGUGUGUGGUCAGUCAGUGCCAAUAAAUGUUCAUUCUCCCCUCCAUGAAUCGUUGUGUUCAAACACACGCUGUUGGAGAACCAUGUUAUAUUACUAACGAACCGGAUUAGAAUGACGGAGUGAAUAAAAUGCGGAACAAAACGUUAAGAUUUCCAACUACUGCUUGUA